UCCACAUCCACGGAGGGGUGAGGCAGCAGACCGUCGCUGAACCACCGGUAUCAUGGCUUCCUAAACCACCGGGAGGACACCCAGGAUUUUUGUUGAAUGACAGACUGAUUGUCACCCUUUUCAGACCCUGACUUCGGGACAGAGGGGCUCGGCCUCCCUUUCCCUCGCACGGCCGCCCCCGGGACUCGAUAUCUGUUCAUUUUUAGCGGUGAAUUUCCAUUCUUACGCGGUCGAACGAAGAUGGCCGACCCGGCGGAGUGCACGAUUAAAGUGAUGUGCCGAUUCAGGCCUCUGAACAGCUCCGAGGUCACCAGAGGCGACAGAUACAUUCCCAAGUUUCAAGGGGAGGACACUGUCGUUAUUGCGGGUAAACCUUACAUGUUUGACAGAGUCUUUCAAUCAAGCACAACACAAGAGCAAGUGUACAACGCCUGCGCCCAGAAGAUUGUAAAAGAUGUUCUUGAGGGAUACAAUGGAACGAUCUUUGCCUAUGGGCAGACAUCAUCUGGAAAAACACACACCAUGGAGGGAAAUCUCCAUGACACAGAUUCAAUGGGGAUCAUCCCCAGAAUAGUUCAAGAUAUCUUCAACUACAUCUAUUCCAUGGAUGAAAACCUGGAGUUUCAUAUCAAAGUUUCCUAUUUUGAAAUUUACUUAGACAAGAUCAGAGAUCUUCUGGAUGUGUCUAAGACCAAUUUAUCAGUGCACGAAGACAAGAACAGAGUACCCUACGUGAAGGGCUGCACUGAAAGAUUUGUCUGCAGCCCAGAGGAGGUCAUGGACACCAUUGAUGAAGGCAAAUCCAACAGACACGUCGCUGUCACGAACAUGAAUGAGCACAGCUCCAGGAGUCACAGCAUCUUCCUGAUAAACGUCAAACAGGAGAACACUCAGACAGAACAGAAGCUCAGUGGAAAACUCUACCUGGUGGAUCUUGCUGGUAGUGAAAAGGUCAGUAAAACGGGUGCUGAGGGAGCCGUUCUGGAUGAGGCAAAGAACAUCAACAAGUCCCUGUCCUCCCUGGGAAACGUCAUCUCGGCGCUUGCUGAAGGAACGGCCUACAUCCCUUACCGAGACAGUAAGAUGACCCGAAUCCUUCAGGACUCGCUGGGUGGUAACUGUCGAACCACCAUCGUCAUCUGCUGCUCCCCUUCCUCCUACAACGAAGCAGAAACCAAAUCCACGCUGAUGUUCGGACAAAGAGCAAAGACCAUCAAGAACACGGUGACUGUGAACAUUGAGCUGACAGCAGAGCAGUGGAAGCAGAAGUAUGAGCGGGAGAAGGAGAAGAAUAAGACGCUGAGAAACACCGUCACCUGGUUGGAGAAUGAGCUCAACCGCUGGAGGAACGGUGAGAGUGUUCCCGUGGAGGAGCAGUUUGACAAAGAGAAGGCCAACGCCGAGGUGUUGGCGCUGGACAACAUACUCAACGACAAGUCGGCCUCGACACCCAACGUGCCCGGCGUCCGCCUGACGGAUGUGGAGAAGGAAAAGUGCGAGGUGGAACUGGCAAAGCUCUACAAGCAGCUGGAUGAUAAGGAUGAAGAAAUCAACCAGCAGAGCCAGCUGGCUGAGAAGCUGAAGCAGCAGAUGCUGGAUCAGGAGGAGCUCUUGGCCUCCUCCCGACGUGAUCACGAGAACCUCCAGGCCGAGCUGAAUCGCCUGCAGGCAGAGAACGAGGCCUCAAAGGAGGAGGUGAAGGAGGUGUUGCAGGCUCUGGAGGAGCUGGCUGUCAACUACGACCAGAAGAGCCAGGAGGUGGAGGAUAAGACCAAGGAGUUUGAGACCAUCAGUGAGGAGCUCAGCCAGAAGUCGUCCAUCCUGUCAUCUCUGGAUUCUGAGCUCCAGAAGCUCAAAGAAAUGUCCAACCACCAGAAGAAAAGGGUGACAGAAAUGAUGUCCUCCCUGCUCAAAGACUUGGCAGAGAUCGGCAUUGCAGUAGGCAGCAAUGACAUUAAGCAACAUGAGGGAGGCAGCGGCCUGAUAGACGAGGAGUUCACCGUGGCCCGUCUGUACAUCAGCAAGAUGAAGUCGGAGGUGAAGACGAUGGCGAAACGCUGCAAACAGCUGGAAAGCAUCCAGUCAGAAAGCAACAAGAAGAUGGAUGAGAAUGAGAAAGAGCUGGCUGCCUGUCAGCUGCGCAUCUCCCAGCAUGAGGCUAAGAUCAAGUCCCUGACGGAGUACCUGCAGAACGUGGAGCAGAAGAAGAGGCAGCUGGAGGAGAACGUAGACUCUCUGAAUGAGGAGCUUGUGAAGCUCAGUGCUCAGGAGAAAGUUCACGCUAUGGAGAAGGAAAAUGAGAUCCAGACGGCCAAUGAGGUUAAGGAAGCCGUGGAGAAGCAGAUCUACUCCCACCGUGAAGCUCACCAGAAGCAGAUCAGCAGCCUGAGAGAUGAGCUGGACAACAAAGAGAAACUGAUCACUGAGCUGCAGGACUUGAACCAGAAGAUCAUGCUGGAGCAGGAGAGGCUCAGGGUGGAGCACGAGAAACUCAAAUCCACAGACCAGGAGAAGAGUCGCAAGCUGCACGAGCUCACGGUGAUGCAGGACAGGAGGGAGCAGGCCAGACAGGACCUGAAGGGUCUGGAAGAGACUGUGGCCAAGGAGCUGCAGACUUUACACAACCUGAGGAAACUCUUUGUUCAGGACCUGGCAACCAGAGUCAAGAAGAGUGCUGAGAUGGACUCAGACGACACGGGUGGCAGUGCAGCCCAGAAACAGAAAAUCUCCUUUCUUGAGAACAAUCUUGAGCAGCUCACCAAAGUUCACAAACAGCUGGUUCGUGAUAAUGCAGACCUUCGCUGUGAGCUUCCUAAACUGGAAAAGCGCCUUCGUGCUACGGCUGAGCGGGUCAAGGCCCUGGAAUCUGCACUGAAGGAGGCCAAGGAGAACGCCGCCCGCGACCGCAAGCGCUACCAGCAGGAGGUGGACCGCAUCAAGGAGGCUGUCAGGGCCAAGAACAUGGCCAGGAGGGGGCAUUCGGCUCAGAUUGCUAAGCCCAUCCGGCCCGGCCAGCAGCCUGUAGCGUCUCCCACCCACCCCAACCUCAACCGCAGCGGAGGAGGCUUCUACCAGAACAGUCAGACGGUGUCUAUCAGAGGAGGAGGCAGCAAGCCUGACAAGAACUGAGGAGCAGCGGGACAAAAGAACCCCUCCACCACCACAGAAGCCAACACCCCCCGCCCCGCCCUCCCUGUUCGGCUGCCCGCCCAGGCGACCUGUCAUUCCAUUUAACAGGCUCCGCGUCGCAGCUUUGGAGCCAUGAAGGAGAUUCUGGAUUAUAAAUAAAUGUGUAUAAAUAUUCCCAACCUGUACAGCUCCAGCCUCCACACUCCCUCACCCUCCACCUCUUCUCAUCAUGAAGUCUUUUUCUCAUAUGGAAUAUAAUAAUAACAAUAAUAUUAAUUACAAAAGGCUAUUUUAAUUUACAAAGAAUAUUCUUCUCCUCCUUCUUGACUGAACCAAACGCAGUCUUGAGCGCAGCCCUCGGCGAGUGAAACCAUGUAACGGUUUCAGCUUUUGUUUGUUUGUUUGUUUGCACAGCCCGUCGUCAUCGGUCAUCUUUGUGCGAGUAGUUCUGCUCUGUGCCAAGCUGAAUGUAAUCAUAACCAGAUCUGAAGAAAAUGUACGCAGAGAAAGAGACCAAAAACCCUGGAGAUGCUGCCAAAGGCGGCUAAACUCUGUAGGCUUACCUCUGUACAUGUCAUGGUCUUGGUUGUCAACCACACUUUUCUCUGGAUAGAUUUUACAUGCUUCUUAAAGAAAAAAAAAUGCAAAAAAAGAUAGUUUUGAUUUGACUAGAUGGCAUUGAGCACUACUGUUGUUUCUGGUGUUGUACAGAUGUAAGAUCGGCUUUGCUCCUCUGCUGGAAUAGCUGGAAAGAAACGGCGGCGGAGCGGCUGAAGGAGUGCGAGGGUCUACUGUAGAUGUAUUUAUCUAAAUACCUGUGGAGGCCAAUUGUUUAAGUUAAAUUAAGAGAUCUACUCGUUGGUGUCAGGAAGAAGUGAAGAUUGUAGGAGGAAGAAAGAGAACAGAAUGAUCCGGUAACACUUCCACCUUUUAGCUCCGAUGCUACAUAGACUGUUUUACUGAUAUCAGUGGGUGAAGGAUGCUAUUUAUUUUUCUCUGCACAUGGGAGCACUAAAACCACAGGCGUUUAGACUGUGAUGGGGCACACACACACACACACACACGCACACGCACACUCAUCCUGUCACUCACUCUGUCCUGGACCUGACAUGAAUUCUGUAAGGGGGGGCCUCGCUUCUCAUUCGUCUCCUCCACACCGUCUUGUUGAGUUUGGUAGAUUUGUAAUGCUGGGUUUUCUGUUCUGUAUAUUUUGGGUUUUUUUUGGGUGGGGGUGUGGAGUCGGACCCUCGCUGCUGACCUGACAGUCAGAGAGCAGGGUCUAAAAUUGCACAGUCAUUUUCUGUCAUGGAGGUGGGGGGUGCGGGAUUUCCUGUUUUUUUGUCUAUUACCACCACAUCCAUUUUUGUUGCCCUGUGAAGCCCCCGGUGCAUUGGAAGAACUGUUGUUGUGAUUGUACCCCCAGCAUGAGAACACUAACAUCCUGUGCUAGUGCAAUAAUACUGUAAAAGACACUGGAAGUCAGUGGAGCGGCAGGUGUGAUCGGGCUGUGUGCCACACCUCUGUUUGUUUGUGUCACGCUGGAUUUUCUCAUGAAAGCCUUCUGGUUUAUUCUGAAGAGCUGAAAGACGAUGCAGAAGCGUCUAGUAGAGAAAAAACGACCACCUGGGUGGACGGUCCAGCUUAAAGAUGCAGCGUUGGCAAAAGAACGAGGAGGAGGUUUUCGACUGUUGUGCCCAGAUCCAGCAUGGAGAAGGAAAGAGGAUGUCAGACUCUAGGCUGUCAUCGCACACAACCAAACGUGGGUUUGUUGGCUCCAUGUCUUCACUAUGUCUGCACUCCAGAAAAUAAAACCCUCCAAAUAUGGCUGCUUGUGAUUAGAGGUCACCAGAGUUUCUAGAGCCGUGUGGAGCCAAACGGUGAUCAGCGGCUCCACCUUGGCGUCGGUGACGGCAGCGUUUGGCGUCUAUCUAGGCUUCUGUAUGUGUAACUAGAUUAGCUGAGACUUUGCAGCGUGGACCUCAACAUGUUGAUGCUUUGACCUUCCACCAAAACUGGAUGUGAAAUGUGGAGGAGGAGAUGACAAAAACAAAGAUUACUUUUGGUGUUUACCUGAAUAAAAUGUUGUGUUAAUUCUAAAUUAAAAACAAAAGUGUAGCCACUUUUUUUAUUACUGUGUAAUAGUUGGUCGAUUUUUAACGGGGGUUCUGUCGGUGGACAAAGGGACUGGAUCAUUCCUGGAGAACUGGGGCACAAGUAGCAGGGCUCUGACGGAGGCGGGAGCUUCAUGAGAUCAGUUCUGGAUUGACUGCUUGAUGUACAUGUAUGUGUGAUUAAAUAUGAGGAAACUC